AUGCCCUUCACCCCGAGCAGGUCCUUCCAGGGCCAUCCGCCCGAUGAGGACUUGCGACUCCGCAUCGCCCAUCGCUGCGCCCUGGAGAAGGAUCUUGACCUCCUCCUCCGUGAGACCUGGAUCACCUGGCGAUACAAAGUCCAAGUAUCACCUCAGCUGCUCGGUGUCCCAGCACCGUUAUCAAACCUGGGUGGCCUUACAAUCUGGACAAGUUUGCGAUUUCUGUGUAUGAGUACGGCAAUUUUGUUCUUCCUUGUCCUGACAUUGAUCUUGACCAAGGUGAAUCUGAUUUGCACUGUUCUCACUUUUGGCACUGUCUCUGAGGAUUUUCUUGUAGAGCACUACGAAUUCCCGGUGGACAUUGACCACGGCGAACAACACCAUCCGCAGAACGCAGCGUCGGAAACGAGCAAGAGCGAGACUUCAGUGGUAUCUUUAUCGGAAGGGAUUCAUUUCUUUGACAAGGAAUCAGCUGAAGCAACUUGCAUCGACACUCAGUUCCCAUCAUUCCAAGGACAGCCAUUUCAUUGCGAGAAUCAGAUCAGCAAUGUCGUCUACGAGCAAUCCGCCGUGGAGAUGUUCAAGUUGCAAGCAGCUGAGGAAGCACUCAGCGUUGCAUUGCACGACAUGUCAGAUGCCAUGGCAUUUAGUGAUCGACAGGGACCCAUGAUGCCUAUGCACCCGAUGCCAGGUGCACCCAUGGGACCUCCAGGUCAGCUGCCAGCGAACAUGCCCAUGAUGAAUUGGGGUAUGCAGCCAAUGCAAUCGAUGCAUUUGAUGCAGCCUCCUUACCCAAUUGGAGGGACACAAGCACCAUUGCCGCCGCCAAGCACACCAUGGCAAGCCGGCACAGCUGGACCGCCUCCACAUAUGCAAGCGGCACAACCAGUGACCUCGGUUAUGGGAGCAGGCUUUGCGAUGCCAACGAUGCCCGAAGCACCUUCCAUACCACCAACAUCAGAGCAGAUUUCGCCAGAGCUUCUGUCCAUGUUGAAGCAAGAUGUGGCCGAACUUCCACCUCACAUACAAAAAGCUGUCAAGGAAACAGCCAUGAAGGAAGGAGUGAAGGAUGGAGCCACAGCCACCAGGAACCUUCAUGCGGCAGCGACCCAUUUGGGCCACAUGCGCAAGGCCUACGAGGAUUCUUUGAUGGCCAGAGCGCAACUGCACAACAAUUGGAAGAAGUUCCUGUCAGAUGCCGUCAAACUGUGGCAAGAAUAUGCAGCCCAGUUUGCAGCUCAGGAGAAGAAGCUGUCCGAGCAAAUAUCCACUUCCAAAGAAGCCUUUCUGGCAGCCAAAGUGUCAUCAGCCAAAGCUCAAGAGACUGCAGGAGAAGUGCAGGAGAUUUCAGACGAGGAGAUCGGAGAAAUCACAACUGCUGCGUCUGGAUCGGCACAGAAGAUCACAGACACGAUGGAAGACCUCAACAAGUCCUUGGUCAACCUUCAGCAGCAGGCAAUGUCGAUCGUGUCAGAAGACGAAGUUCAUCUGGCGAAGAGGCCUCGCAGACGCCAUCCUGCAGAAGAAGAUUCAACCAUGCAUGCGACUGAUGUUGAUCCGCUGUCAAGCCUGGCCGUGUGUAUCUCCAGUCCUCAAUGCCCCAUGACUCAGUAUCGCAUCACUGACCAAUGGCAGAAUCCUAUACCAUCUGAAAUGCGUCAAGAGGCAGGCGAACAGGUAGAGGGGAUGACCGGAGAGAAGAUCAAGCGCGCAGACGGCCGGUCUGGCCGUCACCGAGAGCUGACUUUGCUACCGGACAAUUACAAAGACUCUCGACAAUGUCGAGUGACGUGGAAGCAAUUCCCUUUUGCCAUCCAUGAUCCUGAGAUCCUCGAGAGUGCAACUAAUGUUGUGAUACAUUUGCCUCCCAUUGGAGGGUCCUUCCGGGAAGAUGCGUUUUCACUCAUGCAGAAGGAGAUCACCUUGCGUGCCGCCCCAGUUCUGUCCAAGAGCCAUUAUCAAUCGGAUGCACAAUGUGCGAUCGACAUGAAUCACUCUGCGCAACCGCGUGAAGCCUUGGGAUUUCAAUUCAAUCACAACGCAGCACCCUUUCAACCGGGACAGGUCAAUCUCUUUGGUGCCAAUGAGUUUGUGAUUGACCUUUUUACCCAAUGGAACCAACAUGCUGCAGUUUGGGAUGAAGAAGAACCUUCCUGCAUGAUUGAGACCUGGUUUGUCGAUCACCGAUGGCAUAACCCACAUUGUCGAAACAGCAGACAAAAACAGCUCUUUGCAAAUUACUGGCAAUGGGAAGAUGAAUUGCGUCGACUAUGGAUUGACUAUGUUGACGCAAGAAGCAGCAUCGACUUUUAUGUGGUGCAUCCCAAGCCCCCACGGGUAGCCAAUGAGGUAGCAGCGCACGUGCUUCUUGUGCAACAGGAGCGAGAGGAUUGGGUCACAAGUCUAGUGAAUGUCUAUGAAGCAAGGCCUGAACGACCGAGCCUGCACUACAACAUCGCGGUCACAACGCAUGAGCACAUCCUUGUUGACAAUAUCCUGCGAGUUGUUGGACAUGAAACGCACUGUCUUGCGCCCAUACCAUCACAUGGAUUUGUUGCAUGGUACCUCCAGCUUCCCCUUCGCAGGGGCCAACCUUUAGCUGGAAGGAGUGGCUAUGGUAUUUCACUCCAGAUUUGGCAAUUUCGCCUGGCUGAUUAUUUGCCGAAUGCUGCAGCCUCUCCAGUGCCACAACAUGGACCCAUACUGCUUCAAACAAAGAUCCGCAAGAACAAUAUUUGCCUUGAAGACGCACUAGCUGUAGUCAGUGAAGAGAGCCAAAACCUUGAUGAUGUCCCAUCAUAUGCGGUUCGCUUGCGUGCUGGGGACUUCAAGUCUCAGGUACCAGCCAUUGUUGAAAUUUAUGGUGAGCCCACUGAAGCCAAGAUUGUCGAAGAGCUCAAGAAUUGGGGUCACGACUGCUUUGCCUUUCAAUUUGCCGGACAUCAUGAGUUUCUCUGCUUGGCUCGAGAUCGCAUCCCUGAUGAUAGUCUCCAGCACUACAUAUUCGGGACAAGUGAUGGUACAGAUCCCAACGCGGCAAUUCUGCAUUCCCACAAAGGAGAGGUAUUGCAAGAACUUGACUGCAUGAAGAUCCUUCACAGUUUGGGGUACUUCAAAACCACCAUCCAAGCGAUCCAACAAUGUUUGCCUGAUGUCUUCAAGGUUACUUUUGCGCAUCAAGUAUCCACGCUUGAUCCAGGCAGUUCGACAGUACGCCAACCAACACCUUGGCCAGAGCGCAUUUCGGCAGAUCUGCGACAGCAGCCGAAACCCAAUUUCUGUCCAGCUGAACUUCCUGCUGAAUGUGGACAAUGUAAACUUCGACUUGGUGUCGAUCUGGAUACUAUUGCCACAUUCUUUUCAAAUGAAGAAUUUCCACUCUGCACGACGCUUGAAGGUUUGCAAAUUCCGCCUUCAACGGCAUGGGCGCCAGACUUUGACUGGUCGACCAGCUGCAAAGUGCAAGAUGUUGAAAGGAUCGUGAUUUACACUGAUGGAUCAUCGUUGAGCCAUUUACGACAUCAACCACCAACGCUCACAGAUGAGCAAGGUAUGCCUGACACUUGGGCAUUUGUUGCACUGGGCGAGAACUAUUCAGAAGGUGAAUUGCACUGUCGCAUUGAUCAUGUUGCCAUACCGCAGUCCUUGCGACUGGCUUGCGAGUUCUCUAUUGUGGAUGAGAAUUUUGACCUUGGUCUGGCGCACAUCGAUCAUGAGUUGGUAGGUGUUCAACUGCAGUGGCAGGGACUUAGUCAACACCGUUGGCAGCCCCGAUCUUCAAAGAAAGGUUUUGAACGAGCGGACCUGCGCCGAUCGAGCUUGCAGGCUGCAAUGAUGCAAUAUCAGGUCCCACGAUGGAAUCAAGACAUCGAGCACCAUGUGGACCAUUUCAAUGAGUUUGUCAUCACAGCACUGGACAAGCAACAUCCAAGCCGUGACCACGGUCCAAAGAAACCAUACAUUGAUGAUGAAAUCUGGGCAUUGCGAGCAUUGAAACUUCGCCAUCGCAAAAGCCUUCGUGAAACUCAGCGUAGAAAGAAAGCAGAACUGAUGUUUCAAGCUUGGAGUGCCUGGACCCAAAGGAUUGAGAACCAGCAGCAUGUGGACUCUGUUAGAUGCUAUACAGCCACCUUGGCCUGUUGCACUGUGCGAUGCAUGGCGCAACUUCACAGUGUCGCCCAGCAACUGAGAGCACGUUUGUGCAAGGCGAAGGCAACUCUGCUUCGCAGCAGACUUGAACAGAUGCCACGAGAUGCUAGCGCUGGACAAAUUCUUCAAGCCAUUCAUAAACUCCAAGGACCUACCAACCCCAAAAAGAUCAAAAAGAAGCCUUUUCCAUUGUUGAAGAAGAGUGAUGGCACGCACUGCGAAUCUAGUAGCCAGCGUUGUGACCGAUGGGCAGAAUUCUUUUGCAACAUGGAAGGAGGAAGAAGAAUGACACACCAAGACCUCCGAGACGGUUGGAUUGACAACCUGCAGCACUUUCAACAACAGGAGUUCGACCUGAGUUUAAAGAUGCUCCCUACGCUCUGUGACUUGGAACGUGCAUAUUCUCAUGUCCGCCUUGGCCGAGCUGUAGGAAGUCGACCUGGCGAUUGCUUUGCUGACACCAUUUUUGGAUAUCUCUGGGCCCGAGUGUUGCGAUCAUUGGAGCAAAAAUGCAUCGAGUUGGGCCUCUUGGAAGUUUUUCCUGAACAAGAGUUUGCCGAUCCCUUUGCAGUCCAAGGGCACGACGGUCCUGAUGCACCGCAACGGCCGUUUCUCGGCCCAUGUUGGAUGGAUGAUUUAGCCAUACCAAUUGCAGGCAAUUCAGCCGAAGAGGCAGUGCGCAAGGUAGGCCUCCUUGCUGGACUUUUGCUGGAUCAGUGCGUGAAUUUUGCCAUGUCCCCCAACCUUGCGGCUGGGAAGACGGAGCUUCUUCUCGCACUUCGUGGUCGCAAAUCCAGGCAGUUGCGACAACAAUUUUAUGGUGCCCAUGGUCGUCGCUUGUUUCCCGUUGUUGGUGAACACAGUUCUUAUCAAAUCCAAGUUGUGACCCGCUACAAGCAUUUGGGCGGCAUCAUUCAUCAUGGAGGUCAUCUCUUCCCAUUGAGACCGGGAAUUGGUUCAGUAGAAUCAAGACAUGGAGACCGAUGCCACGAUGGAGCACUGCCGCCGCAACGAACACAGGGAGCGAGCAGAGAGCCGAUUCAACCGCGAGAUCUCCGUGUUGAGUGCACUGACCUCAUUCUCAAUUUGGUUGAUGCGUUAGCAGAUCGAGAGCCAGAUGACAGUAUUGACAAAAUUCUGAGAAUAACCAUUCAGGCGUUGCCCAUUUCUUGGACGCAGUGCCUUUUGACUCUGGAGGUUUUCUUAGAGAGUGUUGAUGAAGAAUUUGCUGAGACGCUACGCCUUGAUGCACAAUACUUGCGGGCAGCGAUUGUGACAUUGCAGAGAGCGGAUGCAUGGGACUUCCUUGACAGGCCUGCGCUUGGCACGAGCGGCCCAGAUGAUGAGCUCGCUCAUUUUGACCGAUGGAGCAGCACACUUCUUCACGAAGAGAAGCCUUGGAAACCUAGCAUUUCAGCUCCGCGACCAAUUGGGAAAGAUCGUAUCAUCCUCCACGCCUUUGCUGGCAGAAGGCGGGUUGGGGAUUAUCAAUGGUACGUUGACAAGAUGUGCGAGGAGUCUGAGGGGCUGUGCAGCCCUGCAAUAACCAGCUUGAUCCUCGACGCCGCUUUCCACGCCCUGUGCGCUCUGCGGAACAUUUGUGGGGGCUUCCUGAACUUGCUCUACGUGAACUUGAUCAAGUGA